UUAACCCCUGUCUGUCUUAGUUGUUAUGAGGAUCAAUUAAAAUAAUAUUUGUAAAGUGUUUCCUAUGGUACCUAAUAAAUAUUUGUUCCCUUUUCUCUUUCCCCCUCAAUGACUGACUGAUACUAUGCCUGGGAAGAACCAUGGGUCGAAAGGAGGGGAAGUACUUUGGAAUAGGAGCCCAUUGGAGGCUGCUUGUUGGUGACAGCAGCCCAAAUGUCCACAUCCAAAGGGGCCAGGGCCUUACACAACAGUACGAUUGUCUUGUGAAAACUGCUUUCGCGUUACCAAAGACAGAAGACGACUGCUGGUGGGAGUGCUCCUGGCAGCUGAGUUGGAAGGGUGAUCCCAAGGCAUGGCCGGCCAGAACACGUCCCAGCCCAACCUUUGUGAUCCUCGGUGGACUUGGCACUUGACCGGACUUUACAUCGCUGUGUUCAUCGGGGGCGUGACCGGCAUCAUCUGCAUCCUGUUUGUCCUGGUGAAGAUGAACUCGAAGUCGGUGACCACCACGGCGGUCAUCAACCUGGUGGUGGUGCACAGCGUCUUCCUGCUGACGGUGCCCUUCCGCCUGGUGUACCUGGUCCAGGAGGAGUGGUUCUUCGGGAUGCCCUUCUGCAAGGUGGUGAGCGCCAUGCUGCACGUGCACAUGUACCUCACCUUCCUGUUCUACGUGGGCAUCCUGGCCGUCAGGUACCUCACCUUCUUCAAGCGCAAGGACAAGGUGGAGUUCUACCGUAAGCUGCACGCCGUGGCGGCCAGCACCGCGCUGUGGGUGCUGGUCCUCGUCACCGUCAUGCCGCCGCUGCUGACCCAGUACGGCUCCCACGGGGAGUACAAAGACACCAAGUGCUUCCAGUUCCAGGAAGAGCUGAAGGAGACCUACGUGAAGGUCCUCAACUACGUGGUGGUCGUGGCGGUCAUUGCCAUCGCCAUGGCGCUCCUGGCCUUCCAGGUCUUCAUCAUCGUGUCCAUGGGGAAGAAGCUGCACCACUCCUGGCUGGCCCACCAGGAGUUCUGGGCCCAGCUGAAGAACCUCAUCUUCAUCGGUGUCAUCUUCGUCUGCUUUCUCCCCUACCAGUUCUUCAGGCUAUACUAUCUGCAGCACCACGGGGCCAAGGGCCAGUGCCACAGCGCCAUGUUGUAUAACGAGAUCUUCUUGAGCGUGACGGCCAUCAGCUGCUUUGACUUGCUGCUCUUCGUCCUCUGGGGGAGCCGCUGGUUCAAGCAAAAUAUCACCGAGCUCUUGAACUGUCUCCCCUGCUGUUAGGCCCGGGCAGAGCGGGGGCGGGGCAGCCAGGAGACCGCCUGGAGGAGCACGCCCCGUGAGGCCCAGGAGGGGCCUUCUGGAGACAGCUGCCCCCGCCCCAUUCUGCUCUGCAGUGGGGAUCACCCCGUAGGGAGGGCAGGGGUCCGCCCUCCUCAGGGAACCUGAAGGCGCCGCCAGGACGCCGGGCACAGCCAGGAUCUGAUCGCACUACGGCGGGCGCAACCGGGAGGCUCACCACCGUCCAGUUGCGGUGGGGAGAGGAGAUGCAUUUUUUACAAAGUGUUUUCUUGAUGUCCUAUAAUUGUUUCUAAAUGUAAGGAUGUAGCUUAUAUAGAUGAGAAAACUGAGGCCCAGAAGAGUUAAGUGACUUGUCCAAAAUCAUAUCCCUAAUAGGGAGCUGGGCCAGGAUCUGAACCCAGGUCCUUUGACUCCAAAAACCAAUGCUACUUCUAUUGUUGAGUGAAGCCAAUCACCGCGUCCCAGGCCUUUCCACCAAGAGGCCCCUUCUCCCUCCAGGGCCCUGGGAAGUCACUGUGGCUCCUUCCUUGGUUAGAGAUUUGAAGCCUUUGCAGUCACAGCGAGAAUGCACAAAACACCGUUAAGUUUUGUAAUAGCCCUUGUGAUGGUGGAGACGCCUGGAGUGUCAGAAACCCGGGGCUGAGAACGACUUUGGUGCAGCCCCAUUCAUGCAGGCCCCGGGCUGGUUUGUCCAGUGAAACUCCGUGAGAGGCGACACCGCCGAACUGCAUGAGAUGCGCGUCUCUUCUGCGCUUCCUAGAGAAGGACCGUCACACUCUGCGGGAUCUCCUUCCUCCCGCCCUCCAAACCUGCCCCCCACCCCCGCAGGGCAGCCUGGGGACAGAGGGGGAAGGAAGGGUGACCGUGAGAGCCACCGAGGACCCGGAGUCUGGAGGACACUUCCUACCUGGGCCUAUUUUCUUCUUCUGCACAAAUGGAGAGAGUAGCAUAGUCCCUCCUCAGCAGUCUUGGGAGGAAAGGGCUUUGACGCGUCCCAGUGCUAUAGACACCUGAGGUGCCAUCGCUUGUGUCCCUGCCUCAGACUGUUAGGCACUACAGUGGGGGUCCUGCACCUGUCCAGGGGAGGGCUGCCUGGAGGCAAGAGGUGCCCCCCCCCAAUCUCAAAUUCAUUUAAAUUCUGAAUCAGAGCUAUCCAAGAAGAGGAGUCAAAACCAGAGGCAAGGGAGAGGGCAGAUGGGAAAUGCCGAAGAUGGUCCCAGCCGGCUGCUCUCCUGAACUUUACCCUCAUCUAGAGAAGAGACUUCCAACAAGAUCAAUGACAUCAGCUCUGGAGCUCAGCCCUCCCCCUGCCUGGGGUUCCUCCUACUUCCCUCCUCCCUCCCCUAACGGGAGAGCUCUCUCCAGAUCCGCCAUCUCAGGAGGGAGUCAGGCAGCUUCCUCAUUAUUUCCGGCGCUGUGGCCCCUGCCCCUCCCUUAGAUGAGGAGCUCCUUGAGGGCAGGGCUUUAAGGACCCCCCCCCCCCAGCACGGUGCCGGAACAGAAAGGGAUGAACCAGGCCCAGGAGCCAGGCUUAUUUGUGGGUGUUCUGGGGGUGGGGAAGUGGGAAGGAGGGGCCAAGGCCCUUCCUUCCUUACCCCAUGGUCUCAUGGUCAAGGAGGCCCCCCACCCCACCCCAACAGCAAAGUCCUAGCCAGCACUGGCUUGGUCCAUGGUGGGAAUGUCUUGUGGAUGUCACCAUCUCAGCAGACUGAUAGGGUCAGAAUACAGGACAGCUGAGGAGGGGCAAGGGAAGGGGAAGGGAGGAGAUAAGAACAGAAGCCCCUCCACGUAGCAGGUGCCGAUUGCACUGGGCCUUGAAGAAAACCAAGAGUGAGGCUGGUGAGAACUGCAGCCUCUCCAAAGGCUCCGGAGGUGGGAAAUGGGAAGGCUGGUUUGAGCACGGGAAGAAGGCACCAUGGCAGGAUCAGGGACCACAAGGAGGAAGGCUGUUAUGAAGAGUUUCCAGGUGUCACUCCUUUCCCGCUUCACCCCUAAAGACCACUGAGAAUGGAAGCUCCUGGGGGGAAAGGGGGUGGCAUUUUGGUCUUUUUUUCCUAGUCCCUCAUACAGUGUUUAGCAUCCAAGGUCACGAGGCGUAAUGGGUACGUGCUGGACGAGGGGUCGGAAGGACAGGUUCUGACCCCUCAGCUCCUGCCCUCUAGCCCUGGGGCCCUGGAAGUAUCAGGAACCUUCUGCACCCCAGGUACCCCUGGGAAAAAUCAGGAUGAUGUUUGUGGUCCUUAUCUUUGAGGAUUAUUGUUCGAUUUGUGAUGUCCACCGUUAUCAGCAUUAUUGCUGUUUGUUGAUCAAAGAGGAUAAUGUUUGUUAAGGGCCAUGCACGGGGCCUGGCAAAUGGUAGUUGCCAGAUAAAUGCUAGUGAUUAUUAUUAUUUUGUUGUUGUUGAAUUGUUUGUUCAGAGAACAA